ACUCCUGGUCUCUGGCACUGAUCCCAAGCCAGUGCCCUCGGUGCUGCAGAACAGGAGAGGAGGGGCAGGGAGGCUGAGCAUGAGUAGCCCCAGUUGGGCUCAGGCUGCACGCAGGCCAGUCUCCCGCGGUCUGGGUUAUCAUCCCAGUCCUCUGUUCCCGUCUGAACCAUGGCGAAGCUAAUGUUGCUCACCCUCCUCGGACUGGGACUGGCACUCUUCAGGGACCACCGGGCUUCUUAUCAAACACGACUUAAUGCCUUCCGAGAAAUAACACCGGUUGAACUUCCUAACUGUAAUUUAGUUAAAGGAAUAGAAACUGGCUCUGAAGACUUGGAGAUACUUCCUAAUGGACUGGCUUUCAUUAGUUCUGGAUUAAAAUAUCCUGGAAUUAAGAGCUUUGCAUCUGAUCAACCUGGCAAAAUUCUUCUGAUGGACCUGAAUGAAGAAGAUCCAACAGUGUUAGAACUGAGGGUCAUUGGAAGUAACUUUGAUCAGUCUUCAUUUAACCCUCAUGGGAUUAGCACAUUCACAGAUGAAGAUAAUACUGUGUACCUGCUGCUGGUGAACCAUCCAGAUUUUGAGUCCACAGUUGAGUUGUUUAAAUUUCAAGAAGAAGAAAAAUCACUUUUGCAUCUGAAAACCAUCAAACACAAACUUCUGCCUAAUUUGAAUGAUAUUGUUGCUGUGGGACCUGAGCACUUUUAUGCCACAAAUGACCACUACUUUGUCGACCCCUACUUGAGAUCCUGGGAACUCUACUUGGGUUUAGCGUGGUCUUACGUUGUUUACUAUAGCCCAAAUGAAGUUCGAGUGAUGGCAGAUGGAUUUGAUCUUGCUAACGGAAUCAACAUUUCACCUGACGGCAAGUAUGUCUAUAUAUCUGAAUUGCUGGCUCAUAAGAUUCAUGUGUAUGAGAAACACGCUAAUUGGACUUUAACUCCAUUGAAGUCCCUGGACCUUAACACACUCGUGGAUAACAUAUCCGUGGAUCCUGUGACAGGGGACCUUUGGGUUGGAUGCCAUCCCAAUGGUAUGAAGAUCUUCUUCUAUGAUCCGGAGAAUCCUCCCGCAUCAGAGGUGAUCCGAAUCCAGGACAUUUUAACAGAAGAGCCCAAAGUUACACAGGUUUAUGCUGAAAAUGGUACAGUGUUGCAAGGAAGUGCGGUGGCCUCUGUGUACAAAGGGAAGCUGCUGGUUGGCACCGUGUUCCACAGAGCUCUCUACUGUGAGCUCUAGCAGGUCGAUCUGCCCCCGUGUCAUGCACACCGUGAGCCCAUUUCAGCGGCUUGUUGCAUCUCUAGGGCCACGGUGAUCUCGUCUGAACCGUGAACACUGACGCUCCAUUUGCACAUCGGGAAGGAUGACAGGGCUGUUUACCUGGGAACAGAAUCAGUGCAUAAGGCUUUUUAAAGUACAGUAACAAAUCAGUCUAGAAAUACUCAAAAACUCCAUUGACCAAUAAAAAUCCUAUCAAUAAAA